AUGAGAGGAGGAGUAAAGUUCAUACUAAAGUUAAUCUACCAAAGACUGUCAAAACAGCUCGUAAAGGAAAACCCAUUGGAGGAGCUUCAGGGGGAAAUUAAUUUCAAACUCGAUUUGAUCACAGACAUGAACCUACGAGAAACUCAAGAGAAAAAACAAAAGGAGAAAGCAAACGCCAUUCCUUCAACCGACUCAGCUAAAUAUGUCAGUUACUACUGGCGUGCUAAAGAGACGCCGCCAAACGUUAGGCGACGAGUACCGCGACAGCUUACGCCCAUCAAGACCGAGUCGAAACAGGUCUGCAACGAUGAGAAAGAACCACGAGAAGAAAGCUCGGCUAGCGAGGUAUCAUCUGCAGCCAGAGAAGAAGUCACGCCAGAUUUUGAAUGUAAUGUUGUACCUGUGUAUGAGGAGGAGCUCCGUAUAAGGACCGAAGCAGAUUUCAGUGGCAGUGAGUUUGGCGACGACUUUAAACGUCUCUCGAUAUCUAGCGACGAGAAAGCAAUGCUUCAUGUCCCCCCGUGGCUGAGAGAGGACUACAAGGAGAAAGAAAAAACAAGUGAUCACAUAAACUUCGUUAAAAGCGAUGCUACCGUCACGAGCUCGGCACAAAAUAUCCAACUAAAAACAGAGAAAAAAAUGGACGAAAAUGAUAUUAGUGAGGAAGAGUUGGACUGUAGCUCUUUCACUGAGUCCCGCGGAUACAAAAGGAAAAUGGCUAAGCUGGACGAAAAAUCCAGACGGCUCAAGGCACAGUUUGCGGAGGAAAACAGACAGACUAUUGAAUCUAUGAACGAGAUCGUAGAGGAGAUCAAACAGAGCCAGGCAAGAGAAGAUGGCAUCACAAAUGAGAUUGAGGAGAUGAGAAGGAGACAGGAUGAAAUAAAGGACGACCUUAAAAGCCUUGAUGAGAUAGCCCAGAGACGAGAGCUCGAGGACAAAAAAUGGAAAGAAAAGAUGGACAAGAAGAAAAAGAAAGUCGCACGCAAACUGGAAAAGAUAAGAGCCGAACGACGUAAAUACCAAGAAGAGACAGGUGAUGAAAACGAAUCAACAGAGGAACACGAUCAACCAGAUGAGAAUCAAAUGAAAGUCCAAAGGCCGUUGCAUCGUUCCCCUGAAGUGGCAGCUCUCAAUCCAAUAUUGGAAGAUACGAACUCCAUAGUCGAAGAAUCAGUAGACAGCGAACACAGUGACAUUAACUACAGCAAAGAGGAGGAAUCUCAACAAAACGACAACAGAUCAACUGAAAAAGAAAAAAAAACUGGCGAGGAUCAAUCACAGUUAAUGAGCGAAAGAAGCCAUUGCCAGAGCGUUGAUACACCAAAUCAAGGGAUCAGCUUAGUCACUGACCAAACUGCUUCCCUGACACGAAAGGUGUCUGAAAGGUUCACACCGUUCAGUCUGCAACCUUUGUACCGCUCACCUGAAGGAGCAGGGGAAAGUCCAAUGUUGCAAGACACAGAAUACUCAGUUGACGAAUCAGUAGGUGGCGAAAGCAGCAAACAAAAUUGUUACCACGAAGAGAUGCCUCAACAACUCGAAAUCAGGCCAGCUGAAAAAGAAGUUCAAUCAUAUAAUCAAGCCAACGACACCUUCUGCGGCGACGUUCGAAAAGGAAUUGAGGAAGCACUUUCAAAAUCAAGUGUACCUUUUACGGCAAUAAACCGAGGUCAGAAUGAGAUACACAGUGAAGAUGAUCAAAAAACAAAAAAUCUACAUAACAUUCAAGAAAAAGGCAAUGAUCAAGAAACUGAGCCAAUAAAUCAAUCAUUUGAAUAUUUUGAAUGA